AUGGGGACACAAUCAGAGAUAUUGGAAAAGGGAUUGUCUUUUUGUAAAAUGGAGAAAUGUAAUUUCUUUAAAUUAGAGCAAGAUCUAUUCAGGUUUAAUAGAAGCUUGAAAUUGAAAUCCUUCUUUUCCAAAGCUGACUCUGUUAGACUGUCUAAUAAUGUUUCUGGUACUUCACAAAUUAAUGAGCUAGUGAUUAAAACACUGGGUUUGAGAAAUAAAAGUGUGUGUACACCAGCUAUUUACGAUUCUAGCAUUGAUGUGUUUAUGAAGCUUGUUAAAAAAGAUGUUGAUUACCUUUGGACACAUUGUGAUAAGAAGCGUUAUUUAUUCUCACCCAAUAUGUCCAAACAGGAGAAUUUAGCAUUAGAAGCAUUAAAUAAUGAGAAAAAGCUUAUUUAUAAACAGGCGGACAAGGGUGGAGCAACCUUAAUAUUAGAUAAAGAGUACUAUGUGAAUGAUAUUCAAUUACAGUUGUCUAAAACUGAGGUUUACAUGCCUCUUUCUUAUGACCCCUCUAAAAAAAUUCUGAUGGAUAUCAAAAAAUGUGUACAGAGAGCAUUCCUUAAUGGUAUCAUUGACAAUGAAACUAAAAAGUUUUUAAUCAAAGAUGAGUUUAUUAUCCCAGUCUUUUAUACACUCCCUAAAGUGCACAAGAAUUUAGAGGCACCCCCUGGGCGUCCAAUUGUGACAGGCACUAAUUCUAUCUUUACUAACAUUUCCAUAUACCUGGAUAGACUGUUAAGAUCAUUUGUAAAGCAGUCUAUGUCUUUUAUUAAAGACACAAAUUAUUUUUUGGAUAAAAUUGAUAGCUUAUCUUGGCCUAUGGAUAAAUGUAUACUUUACAGUUUGGAUAGUGUAAGUCUCUACACCUCAAUACCCCAUACUAGUGGGCGUGGCUUAGAUGCAGUUAAUUUUGUGGUUGCAAAGAGUUUCUUGCCAUAUCCUAAAGCUAUAGGAGACACAACUACAGCGUGUCAACUGAACAGUACAAUUCUGGAGAACUACUUUAGAAAUGGAGAUUUUAUAUUGGGAGCUAUCAUGAUGCUGUUUUCUUUUCCUGUAAUACAAAAGAACAAGUUUAAUGAAAAACCUAAACCUAACAUUUGUAAAGGAUCAAGUCUACGUUAUUACAGACAUCUACUAGCUGUUGUUUUUGCAGUUGAAGAAAUCAACAGAAAUCCUUUGCUUCUUCCCAACAUCACCUUAGGUUUUGAGAUGAUUGAUAGUUGCAUGUUUGAAUACAGAUCUCUGCAGAGCACAUUACAGAUGCUGACAGGAAAUCAAGAAAAUAUUCCAAAAUACCAGUGCAGAACUAAAGGAAUACUAGCUGGCUUUAUUGGUCACCUGUUAUCCUCUUCCACAUAUAGUAUUGCUGGACUUACAGGGAUCUACAGAUAUCCCCAAAUAAGUUAUGGAGCCCAGGAUCAGAUUUUAGAUGAUCGAACCCUCUUCCCGUCAUUUUAUCGAACCAUACACAAUGAAAAUACCCAGUAUAAGGGAAUCAUAAAACUUCUCCUGCACUUUGGUUGGACAUGGGUUGGGUUAAUUGCAACCAACGAUGAAAGUAACCUUAGAGCUAGUGAACAGCUCAAAACAGAAAUGAUUCAAAAUGGAAUCUGCAUUGAAUUCUUUCAAAGUUUUUCCUCUAACAAUUUUUUAAUCAAUACUUUUGCUCUUUCUAAUGUCAUUAAAAAGUCAACAACCAAUGUCAUCCUACUCUUCUGUGAUCUAUCAAGCUUCUUUGAUAUGAUGUAUACAAUACAGAUACUUUCUCUUCCUCCAAAAGUCUGGAUUACAUCCACAUCUCUUUCCAUCUCCACUGAUGACACGUUUGCUUCAUUUCUUACCGUGUUUAAUGGCUCAUUACUCAUUUCAAUACAUAAAGGAGAAAUUCCUGGUUUGAAAGAUUUCCUUUAUAGUGUUACUCCUUACACAUAUCCAGAUGAUACUAUAACAGCUAGAAUGUGGCAUCUUACAUUUAGCUGUAUUCCUGCAAAUCAUAGCAUGUUUUACAGCAGUACAUUGGGUCUUACACGUAAUUGCACGGGUAACGAGACUCUCAAAAUAUUUGAUUUGAGUUAUGAUGUCAACACAUUUAGAGUUACCUAUGCCGUUUACAAAGCUGUUUAUGCAUUAGCAUAUUCAUUGCAUAACAUGCUUUCCUUCAGGAAAAGUAAACAACAUUCUGUUUAUGAAUAUUUCCAUGCAUCUAAGCUAAAUCACUAUCUAAAUAAUCUUCAUUUUAAUACAACCUCUGGAGAGGAGUUUUAUUUUGAAAACGGAAGACCUCUAGCACAAUAUGACAUUAUAAACUUGGUCAUUGCUCCCAACAGAACCAUUCUGAGAAAGCAGAUUGGUAGUUUUUCCAUGUCAGAGUCUCUUGGACAGCAAUUUCUUAUCAACAGCCAUGACAUAAAUUGGAAUCAUAAAUUUAAUCAGACCCCUCGCUCUGUUUGCAGUGAGAGCUGUCCUCCCGGAUACAGGAAAGCAAUUCAGCAAUUAAAGCCCAUUUGUUGUUAUGACUGUGUGCCCUGUUCAGAUGGGGAAAUAUCCAACAGAACUGAUAUGGAAAACUGUGUGAAGUGUGCUGAUGACCAGUGGUCCAAUAAAGAGAGGACAAUGUGCAUCUCCAGAACCAUAGAGUUUCUUUCUUAUGAUGAUAUUUUAGGCAUAUCAUUAUCUACAAUAUCCAUUAUUUUUGCUAUUAUGACCCUAGGAGUACUGAUCAUCUUUAUCUACCACAGAGACACAGCAAUAGUUAAAGCUAAUAACAGGAAUCUAAGUUACACUCUUCUUAUAUCACUUACAAUGUGUUUUUUAUGCUCAUUGCUAUUCAUUGGAUGCCCUGUGGCACUUACCUGCUUUUUCCGACAAGCUGCCUUUGGAAUUAUUUUUGCAAUUGCUGUUUCUUCAGUAUUGGCUAAAACUAUAACUGUUGUUAUUGCCUUUAAUGCCACAAAGCCUGGAAGCAGAGCAAGAAAAUGGGUGGGAUCCCGAGUAUCCAGCUAUCUUGUGUUUCUGUCUUCACUGGGAGAAGCGCUCAUUUGUCUCUUAUGGUUUCUUUGCUCCCCACCCUUUCCAGACUUUGACACCCGGGAGAAAUCUGAUAAAAUGAUAUUACAAUGUAAUGAAGGUUCAGUCACCGCAUUCUACUUUGUUGUAGGUUAUAUUGGACUUUUAGCUGCUUUAAGCUUUAUAGUUGCUUUUCUAGCAAGAAAAUUACCAGAUAGUUUUAAUGAAGCAACACAUAUAACUUUCAGUAUGUUGGUAUUUUGCAGUGUAUGGCUGUCUUUUAUCCCAGCCUAUCUGAGCACUAAAGGCAAAUACAUGGUGGCUGCUGAAAUAUUUGCCAUCUUGGCUUCCAGUGCAGGCUUGAUGGGUUGUAUAUUUAUUCCCAAAUGCUACAUUAUUGUGAUACGGCCAGAUUUAAACACCAGGGAAUAUCUGAUAGGGAAAAAAGGAAAUCGAUCUAUUGUAGACAGUACCCGAAAUGAUCACACACUAAAUUGUACUUAUUCUUAA